AUGCCGUUUGGUCUUACAAAUGCACCUAGCACUUUCAUGAGAUUGAUGAACGAAGUGCUAAGGCCAUUUCUUGGAAAGUUCGUGGUGGUGUACCUUGAUGAUAUCCUUAUUUACAGUCGAGAUGAGGAUGAGCAUUUGGAACAUUUAUUUCAAGUUUUUACUGUUUUGAGAAAGCAAAAAUUGUAUGGAAAACUUGAAAAAUGUGAUUUUAUGUUAUAUGAGGUCACUUUUCUUGGUUACAUAGUUUCCGGUGAUGGUGUGAAAGUUGAUCCAAGCAAGGUUGAAGCAAUUCAAUCAUGGCCUAGUCCUAAAACACUCACGGAGGUCCGUUCUUUCCAUGGGCUAGCUUCCUUUUACAGGAGGUUCAUUCGAAAUUUUAGUACUCUCAUGGCUCCCAUAACCGAGUGCACAAAGAAGGGUUCGUUUGAAUGGACUCCUCAAGCUCAAAAGGCGUUUGAAGAAAUCAAAGAAAAGAUGUGCAACACACCUAUCCUAGCACUUCCGGAUUUUUCAAAGCCAUUUGAAGUUGAGUGUGAUGCAAGUGGGAAAGGAAUUGGUGUCGUGUUGAUUCAAGAGGGGCGUCCAAUUGCUUACUUUAGUGAGAAUGGAAAGGCAAAUGUUGUUGCGGAUGCCUUAUCUAGAAGGCAUAAUUUACUUGGUGUUGUCGAAGCCAAGAUUCUUGGGUUUGAGUUGAUCAAAGAGUACUACAAAGAAGAUGAAGAUUUUAAGACCAUUUUGAAGAAAUGUGUCGAUGGAGUCUAUGAUUUAUUUUCCUUACACGACGGUUUUCUUUUUAAGGGAAAUAGAUUAUGCAUUCCUAAGUGUCCGAUUAGAAGUUUGUUGAUCCAUGAAACGCAUGGGGGAGGUCUAGCUGGUCACGUUGGUGUUCAAAAGACAUUGGAGCUUCUUCAAACUCAUUUCUAUUGGCCUAAGAUGUUAUCUACGGUCCAUCAUGUUAUCACUCGUUGCUCUACUUGUCAAAGGGCAAAAAUGGUGUUUCAUAAAGGUCUUUACAAGCCACUUCCAGUUCCCGAGAGACCUUGGGAAGAUAUGGCUCAUUUCAUUCCUUGUCAUAAAACCGAGGAUGCUAUGAAAGUGGCUAAGUUGUACUUUGAAGAAGUGGUUCGUUUUCAUGGGGUGCCACGCACCAUUGUGUCCGAUCUCUAUGGUGUUAAUCCCUAUAUUCCUAUUGAUCUCAAAGCCCUACCUCAAGAUAAGUUUGUGCAUGGAGGUGCUAAGGAACAAGCUGAGUUCAUGGUCAAGAUUCAGAAGGAAGUUAGGAAGAAUAUUGAAAAGGCCAAUGAGAUUUACAAGAAGCAAGCCAACAAGAGGGUUAGAAACGUGAAGAAUUUUGAAGUUGGUGACUUGGUAUGGAUUUACAUGAGGAAAGAAAGGUUUCCUAGCCAAAGCAAAAACAAACUCAUGCCACGAGCUGAAGGUCCCUUUGAAAUUGUGGAAAAGAUCAAUGACAAUGCCUAUAAGGUUGAUUUGGGAGGCCAAUAUGGGGUCUCAAAAUUGAGGACAAUUUCCUUUGAAGAGGAGGAGGAUGACCAAGAUGGUCAAGGCAAGUUGUUGAUGGAAUUAUUGGAUGUAUGA